AUGCUACUGGUAGGAGCCUACUGGUUUGACAGAGGGGAGGAGGAUCAUGCCGAUUUGUCCCUUCUGAAAGGAACUUUGCUGACAGACAGCCUCAGGCAGGCAUACGUCGAUGCAGAAGCGGCCGAGGCUUUGGAGGCGGGCUUUUGGGCGAGCGCGGCGCGCAGCUCCCGCAUCACGCGGCACCUGUUGCGUCAACAUGGCUGGAAAUGGGCUGGUGCGCCGUUCAAAGAUAUAAAGGACGCACAAGACUUUCGGCAAGACAUCCUGGAAGCCAUCCACAGCAGCAAGACGGCAUUAGAAAUGGACUUUUUCCUGGUUCGACGACUGCACAGCAUGGCUCGAUGUUUGGCGCAGUGCCGUGGUUUCCGUGAGCUGGCUUGGCUCCGGCUCCGCAUCGCACCCUUUGCGGAGCUUUCGGGCUUGGGGGCCAUGGCUGCCGGGAAAGAGGUGGCUGAAGUUGUUCAAGAAGUAUUGAAGGUGGUGACAGAUCUGCAGGACACAAGCUCUAAGAACAUGCCAUUGGAACUCCAGCUUGAUCAGCUCUCGCGGCAAGUGCAGAAUCAAGGUCUUUUGCUGCAACGCUUGACACGGAGCAAGCGCUUUGCCGGCGGUAUUGGAGGCUGCCAGCCUCGACUCGCGAGCGUCUCAGAGGAGGCGGUGCGCGCCGCCGCGCAGGGCGAGCAAGCGCCGGCGCCGGAGGCGCUGGAGGCGCCUGAGGCCCGGCCGCCGAUUCCCACGCUGCCCAUCACCACGUCAACGCGAGGGCGGCAGCUCCACCGCGAGGAGCACGGUGAUUUGUCCAUGCUCCACGCGCGGAGCUCGACCCCGGAAGAUCGACCCCUCCGAGAAAACACUGAGAGAUCCAUCAAGUCUGCGACGACCAUCUCCGACAAGUCAAUGGGACUCAUCACUCCGCGCUCAGAGGGUGAUGAAACGCCUCCGCCCAUGGUUUAUGGUCAUCGGCACCACCACAGAAACGGCGCGGUGGCGGUGAUGGCGAACCAGCUGGCCAACCUACUGCAGGCCCAGCAGCGCUUUAGUGCCACACUUCCGGACAUACCACGUCAGGAGGACUUCCACAGGCAGGACCUCAAAACAUCGAGCAAUGCACAGCUUGAUGCCAUUGGUUUUUGUUUGCUGAGAUGGUUUGAGUUUGAUGAGCACUUGUCACCAUUUGCACCACACAUCGCGGAUCCAAAUGCUUUGUCGAGGCAGCUUCUUUUGGCCUUGGAACGUGACUCGCGUCCAGGGUCAAACCGCUUCUUGGACUGGACUGGGAUGUGA